GUCUGAGCCUGUUCCUGAGAUCGCUAUACCGAACUAAGUGUGUUGUAGCUGUAAUGUGUGUGUCUGUUGGGCCGUGUCUGAGAGGCCGUGGGCCGAAACUGUAAUGAGCGAACUGGAGUUUAUAACCAGCGUUGUGACUCUGAGAUGAGUAUCGAAUGAAAAGUAAUUGGAAUUGAAUCAUGUCUCUCCCCUUCUUCCUCCUUCGCUUACCCCUCCCACACGAAAAGUGAGAACUCACCGGCGGCCGCCACCCAACGACGUCUAUGGGUCAUCACAUCUGGUAUCAAGAGCCUAGACCACCGGCUGCGCUUCACCACUCGACGAUGUACCCGUAACAUCGACCAAUUGGUUGUGAGGAACUUAGGUACCUCACUGUAAAUUCAAGAUUGGCGUUGGGGCAGUACAGAGGAAGCUGCAACGGCGCCGUCACCAUCAAAGCCCUCAACUCCAUCGGCACAAACUCGAUUAGUGUUGAACGGGAUGGAGGAAUUUAAGGAAGCGUUGUUCGCUCGCUUCAGUUUGAAUCCGUGGAGAAGAUGGGUGACCAUCUAGAGGAGAUUGACUCGAAAUUGGACAAGCACGCGGAGGCACUGGAGCAGAUGCAGGUCAAAGUGGAUCUGACCAUGGACGCCAUGAGCAAGUCCAAGGAGGAGCAAGGCGGCGGGGUGAGGAUGGCGCAAGAAUCUGGACUACCUCCGUUGCACGUGCCGCGCCGGGAAGAGAGGAGCAUCAUCGGCAUGCCUGAAGGUAUGCCCUACGGCAUGCCCAUCAAAAUUCCACCACCACCACUAGGUUCCCGGCCACCGUCUUCCUCGAGUCCCAGGGUACGCAUUAAGUGGACCUCGCUUCCUGAUUUAGCAACUUGAGUAUUUGAGAAGACUUCAAUGUGCUUCGUCAACGGUUUCCUUUGGCGCCAGCUUGGGGGCAAGCUGGGAUUCAAGGGGACGCCAGUGUAAUGUCAGCCUGUUGCUGAGAUCGUUGUAGCAAACGUAGAAGUAAUGUGUGUAUCUGUUGGGCCGUGGGCCGCGUGUGAGAGGCCGUGGGCCGAGACCAGCGUUGUGACUCUGAGAUGGGUAUCAAAUGAAAAGUAAUCGAAACUGAAGCCUAAUCUCUCCCCUCCCACACAAAAAGUGAGACCUCACCGGCGGCCGCCCCCCGACGAUGGCUAUGGGUCAAUCACAGAGUAGACGGUUCGUUGUUUCAUCCACCCAGGAUGGACGGACACCAAAGAGAGAAUCGGAAAAUUUGUUGAAGUUGGUUAUGUGUGACGUGGUUGAGUAGGAAAAUAUGUGCAGGAUUUGUUCUUGUGUUGCACGGGUUAUACCAUUACACCUGAUAGUUAAUGGAGUUACGAAGAUCAAACGGUCAUUCUUUUUUGAUUUAUUUCUCUAAACGAGGAUUAUGCUUCGAGAAUAAUAAGCCAAGCUAAUAUGUGAAUAUCCUGAAAUCCUUUUAUUUUAUUUUGUUUCUCUACUGAACUAUUGGUUUUAUCAAUGAAAUUGAAGCCAUCUUUAAAUAUAUAUUUUUUUGCUGUUUGGAAGGAUUUUUUUUCCGGUUGUCCCUGUGCGUCUUGUAGUAAACCUCUAAAAUGAGCUACAUAGCCAUACUAGUUGAUCAAGCAGCUCUUUACAGGUGUUCCGG